AUGACGGCGAUCACUCUAACCCAUUCCCAUGAAAAUGGAGAUGCAGCCUCACAUGGUCAAGAUGCGGGGGAUGUUCAGGAUCUCCUGCAAAUAAUCGAUUCAAAAUCUCAGCAACUGUGGGAAAUCAAUCAAAAGAUCCACAGUAAUCCGGAGCUUGGGUUCAAGGAAUUUUUGGCCCACGACAAUAUCACCUCGAUGCUCGAAAUAUUGGGCUUCCAAGUCACCAGACACGCCUAUGGCCUUGACACAUCGUUUGUUGCAGAAUACGGCAAAGGGGGCAGAGUCGUGGCCUACAAUGCGGAGUACGAUGCGCUUCCAGGAAUUGGCCAUGCCUGUGGCCACAACCUCAUUGCCAUGAUGUCCAUUGGUGCCUUCCUUGGAGUUGCCGAAGCUCUUAAACAACAAAACAUCCCGGGGCGGGUUCGUCUUGUGGGAACACCUGCCGAGGAGGGUUUUGGUGGAAAGAUUCCUAUAAUCAAUGCUGGUGCUUAUAAGGACGUCGACGCAUGCAUGAUGGUGCACCCCGGUCCCUUCGCCGAGUGCCCUGGAUUCACCGGUGACGCAUACAUGCCUACACUUGCAAGCCUAAAAGUCACUGUUCGUUUCACGGGGAAGACCGCACACGCUGCUAUGGCUCCAUGGGAAGGUACCAACGCGCUUGAUGCAGCUGUUCUAUCUUAUAGCGGCAUUGGUGUGCUUCGUCAACAGAUUCACCCUUGCAAUCGUGUACACUGUGUUAUUUCGGAAGGUGGGCUGCGGCCAAAUAUCAUCCCGGGCUCUUCGGCACUGGACUGUUACAUCAGAUCUCCCUCAGUAGCCAUGGCGGAGGAGCUCUUUUUGAGAGUGGAGAAUUGCUUCAAGGGUGCGGCCUUGCAGGCUGGAUGCACUAUGGAGGUUCAAAGACACAACACUUACGCCGAUUUAAGACCGAACAAGCCUUUGGCAACAGCAUAUGCACAGGCAAUGGCUCAAAUUGGAACGGAAGUGAAGUGCGACUUGAACUCGUCUGGAGUUCCAGGAUCGACCGACCAAGGAAACGUAACCUACGAGUGUCCCGGUAUUCAGGCCUAUGUUGGUAUCCCAGCCGGCCCCGGAGCGAAUAACCACACACCUGGGUUUACCGCGGUGGCAGGAAGCAAAGAGUCACAUGAGCUCUGCAUGCAUGCCGCAAAGGGGAUGGCUAUCACCGGCCUAAAUAUGUUGAAGAACAAUGAGUUUGCUAAACAGGUCAAGUUGGACUUUGAGGAAGACAAGAUACGGCGUUCCGUAGACUCGGAGCCUAGGAUGCUAGCCGGAAAUGCAGGGUUUUGUUAG